AUGUCUAGUCCAAAUGCUCCUCCUUCUUAUGCUCCGACUUCUACCACUUCAUACGCACCAUCAAAUAACAACAUUGAUUAUCAUAAAGAGAUAUCUAGAUCAUCCUUGGCUAAAUCACCAUUACAAAAGAAUGUUUAUGACACAUUGGCGGAAAUGUUUUCAAUAAUAAUGGCACUAGAGAUGGUGGAAAAUUCCUUUGUUAAAGACUAUAUUACAGAUAGAGAGAAGUACAAAUCGACUACGUCAAGGCUAAUCAAUCAAUAUAGAAUGCUCUUAAAGGGAUUUCAAGACGAUGAAGCAAAGAAAAGGAUCUUGAAGACAACUUUCAAAAAGGAGUUGAAUGAAGAACUUUCCAACUUACCAGAACGCUUGUCAGAACAAUUCAACUUGACUGCACCAACGGCAAUUAAGAGACUUCAGGCGGGUCCUGAUUCCAACGAUUUGUUACGGUAUGCCGUAGAAGGCUCUUAUCACCCCUCAACAUCAUCUUUGGCUAGUCAUGGAAAGACUUCUAAGUCUGCAAGAUUGAUUGCAGAAACAACCGGCAAUUUUAUAACAUGUAUGGAUGCAUUGAAGCUAAAUUAUAAUACCAAAGAACAGUUACACCCCUUACUAAGUGAACUAGUAUUGAGCUUAAACGAACUUGUCUCUUCUGAAGAAGAGCUGUCAUUUGAAGAACCAAAGACUUUAGACUUUGAAGGAAAAUCCAAAUUAGUUAACUGGCUAAUUAAGUUGAACAAUUUGAAAGACGAAACGUUGUCAAGAGAAGAAACAGAUACUUUUUUAAAUGACUUGGAUAUUGCUUACAAAGGAUUCUACAGUUCAUUAGAGUGA